UAUGUCGAGCGUCAAUCUACACUGCAUCUAAAAUUGGUUGAUGUGCAUACAAAAUAGCAAUAAAACAUAUAUUAUAUUCACGGCUAGUGGACAUAUAUACAGAGCAGCCUGUGUAGCAUCAUAUAUAACCCAUGUGAAUGCAUAAACUAUAUGUUAAGAUUACUUGGAAUAUGGCCGAAUAUGAAUUUGGGUACACACGAAAUCAAUCAUCGAUACGUGGUAAAAAGUAGACUGAUUUGAUAGCGAUUGGAAUAUUUCGUUCAGUGGUUAGUUCUUAGUAAUGUGAUCCUUGUAGAAUAAAACAAUAUAUGAUGUAUGUUAAUCGAUGUAACAUUCCUAACGACAUUCAAAAAAAGACAUAAGGGUCAAGAAUCUAGAUUAAACGGACUGCAGCGGAGGAAGGAGUGAAACAACAGUUUUGUGUACGGCGGGAAUAGUGAUCUAGAUCUCAAAAAUUUAUUCCAAUCCUCAAAAAAGAAAUUAAAAAUUUCAAUCUAUAGAUUGUUGCAUUAGAAUUGGGUACACUCGUAGGUUAAGAUUGCAUGAUAGAGGAUAAAAAAAAGUAUUUCCGACCUUAUAGUUUGAUACAAGAGUGAGUGUCAUUUGAGCAACAACUAUACGUAGCCGGAGCACAAGGAAAGAACUCGAUUUAAAUAUUGAUAAUAUUGUUGAAAGCGCAUUAAUAUUAAUUCUGCAUGAUAGAAAAUAUUUCUAAACAUCGAUUUGGAAAAGCAGAAAUACAGAAGACGGAGGUACUGAUAAAAACGUUCGAGUAAAAAAUGGCCGUUGCAAAAAGUGGCUCGAGAGUUCAUACAUUGAUCGAUGCUCCAACUUAUACGCCAUACGUCGAAAGACUAACACCGAUUCAAAAGUUCUAUCAUGGUGAAAGUAUUUUUAUAACCGGCGGAACAGGAUUUAUAGGAAAAUUAUUGAUCGAAAAAUUAUUGAGAGGAUGCCCUAGUAUCAGUUGUAUUUACGUUUUGAUACGUACCAAAAAAGAGAAAAAUGUCCUUCAACGAAUGGAAGAAAUUGUCGAAGAUUCGUUGUUUUCCAUCCUAAAGAAAGAGCAACCUCAAUUCGAAAAGCGCAUAGUUGCGAUAGAGGGUGACUGUAGUUUGCCAAAUCUCGGUAUUUCGAUAAACGAUAGAGCAACACUUAUACGAGAAGUCUCCAUUGUUUUUCAUGUUGCUGCGACUGUGAAAUUUAACGAGAAAAUGAAAUUGGCGGCAGAUAUUAACGUUCGAAGUCUAAAGGAUGCGAUAUAUUUGUCUAAGAAAAUGCCGAAACUGAAAAGUUUCGUCCACGUAUCAACGGCUUAUGCGAAUUGUCUUCAAAAUCCGAUCGAGGAGAAGUUUUAUGAUCCACCGAUGGAUGCCGACAAAUUCAUCGAUUUGAUGGAUUCUAUUGAUGAAAAAUUGCUCGAUGAUAUCACACCACAACUACUCGGAAUAUGGCCGAAUACUUACGUUUAUACGAAAUCAAUUGCCGAGAAUGUUGUAAAAAAGCAUGCUGACUUAAUACCGAUUGGAAUAUUUCGUCCAGGAAUCGUGAUACCCACAUAUCGAGAACCUAUUUGUGGAUGGAUCAAUAACAUGUACGGGCUAGUGGGAGUUACAGCAGGUGGUGCAAUGGGAUUAAUACGAACUAAUCAUUGCGAUGGAUCGAUGAAGGUGAGCGUAGUACCCGGAGAUCUGACGACCAAUGCGCUAAUCGUUAGUGCUUGGGACAUAGCAAAUAAUCGAAGAUCCAGCGAAGAAAUACCCAUUUAUAAUUACGUGUCUAAGGAUAAUCCAAUCACUUUCGAGGAAUUGAAAGAUAUGUCGGCCAAGUAUAUGCUAUCAGUACCGACUAAUGAAGCAAUUUGGUACUAUAGCUUUAGGAAUACAAAAUAUCGGCCAAUUCAUCUUUUCUACACGUGUUUUUUGCAUUUAUUACCAGCUUUUAUAAUCGAUAUGAUCGCAUUGUGUAUGAUUAAACAACCAAGGUUACUGAAAAUAUAUAACAAAAUUUACAAAACGUCCAACAUACUUUGUUAUUUUACUACUACCGAAUGGGACUUUACUAAUAAAAGAUGGAACGAACUGACAAGAAAGUUAACGACAGAAGAUCGCGAAUUGUUUUUCUGUGAUAUGAAAGACCUCGUCUGGGAUAGUUAUUUUCAAACAUAUUUCUUAGGAAUAAGAAUAUUCAUCUUAAAGGAUCCCAUUUUAACGCUUCCAGAAGCUCAUAUAAAAUGGCGAAGGCUGUACUGGAUGCAUCAAGCAUUGAAACUUAUUAUCGCCUGUGUAUUUCUUAUAAUCACGAGGGCUAUGUUUUGCAGACUCUUGUAACGUUCGUCUGUGCAUAAAAGAAACAAGAUAAUCAACGCGUGGCGUUGAGGAAGUUAACAUUACAAUUUUGGAGAAUCUUUUUCAAAAAGUUCCGAUAGAUGUUUUGGUUUAACUUUAUGAUUUUUCAUUAUUUAUUAAACAACGUAUUACUUUUAGGAAAUUUAUGACUAUUUCUAUAUAUUGUGAAGUAGGCUAUAUUUCCGCAGAUUUAAUACGUAUUGACAGCAACGAAAAUUCUUAAAUUGAUUCGAAAAAUAUUUCAAACAAUUUCUUAUUCUGAAAGAAUGGCGAUAUUAAAAUCACUAAAAUAAAAAAUUUACGAAAUUUAAAUUGAACAAAUCAGACGCUCUAUAGAAGAUUGAAUAUCGAUU